GAACUCUAAACUGAAAAAGAAACGAAAAGAAAAGAAUAAUAAAUAGAGAAGGAAAACAAACGUAGAGCGAAGAACAAUCAAAAGAAGAGCCAAGCGAAAACAAAAAGCAGGAAGAAGCUGCCGGAAGGAAAGGAUAAAGGACGCAAGCACCCAUCACACCCACAAACACACACACAUACACCACCCACACACAAGCACGAUGGCCGUGCCCUUUUUUUUGCCCGAGGGCGGCACCGAUGACAUUGCCUCGAGUUCAUCGGGUGCUUCGGGCAACUCCUCCCCCCACAAUCCGCACAGCCACCCCCCGCUCUCGGCGCACUCGACAUCGGGCGCAUCCUCCUCAUCCUCGUCCUCGGGAGUGUCCUCAGCCUCCUCCGCGGCAUCCUCGGCCUCGUCCGACGGCGCCAGCAGCGUCGCCUCGCAGUCGCCCAACACCACCACCUCGGCCACGCAGACGCCGAUGCAGUCGCCUCUGCCCACCGACCAGGUGCUCUAUGCCCUCUGCGAGUGGGUUAGGAUCUAUCAGCAGAACCAGCAGAACGGCCCUCACAUCUUCCAGUAUCCACCACCGCCGAGUCCUUCUUGCAACUACACGGGUGGCGAAAUAUUCUUUCCCCACGGCCCCCCCAAUCCGAAUCCCCAUCCACGCACUCCCCGCACCAGCGUGAGCUUCUCGGCCGGCGAGGAGUACAACUUCUUCCGGCAGGCGACCCACCAUGCGCCAUAUCCGGCGCCAUCGACACCGCAACCGAUGCCACCGCAGUCGGCGCCGGCGAUGCACUGCAGCCACAGUUACCCGCAGCAGUCGGCAGCACCCCACCUGAUGGCACAGCACCACUCGUCGCCGUACGGCAUGGGCGGUUACUACGCCUCCUAUACGCCGCCACCCACGCCGAACACCGCCAGUGCCGGCAGCGCCUCGACCUCCUCGGUGGCGUUCGGCUGGCCCCAGAGCCACCAGCCCAUCCACAGCCCCGGGCUGGCCUCCACCCCGCUGUCGGCGCCACUGGCGCCCAAGAUGCGACUCCAGCGCAGCCAGUCGGAUGCGGCCAGACGUGAUAUUUAUAGAGAACCAUUAUGCCCCUCUUUCCGAUUCUCGAACAGCAAGCGAUUGACCUCGACGGGUGAGGAUGAGCGCGAGUAUCAGAGCGAUUAUGAGACCAGUUGGGACGAGUUUGACGAUCGCUAUGACAACUUUACGGCCGGACGGGAGCGUCUCCAGGAGUUCAAUGGACGUAUUCCGCCCCGGAAGAAGAAAACAAGUGCCACCAGUAGUAGUACUUUGAAUCCAAUCACCCAAAACGAGAGCCAACUGGGCACUAGUUCGUCGGAGUGCAGCGACAACAUCACCAAUAGCCAGAACCAUCAGCGGCAGGUGGAACGGGAGCGUCAGAGGGCAAAGGCCGAGAAAAAGAAACCCCAGAGCUUCACUUGGCCCACAGUUGUCACCGUUUUCGUUUUGGCCAUGGGCUGUGGAUUUUUUGCGGCGCGAUGAAACCGCCCCCCGACUCGUAUCGAAACGAACGAUCUUUUAGUGAAAUCAGCUACUUCUUAAGAUAAAUACCGAUCUACAGCAUAGAUAUUAGUGCCACGAAUUUAAUGGAUCUGCAGAAAGUCAUUAAUUCGUAAUGCGAAUAAUAAUAUAAACCGAAUAGGGAUAUAAGAAGGUUGACGGGACACAAGAACAAUAUAUUCCAACUGUCUAGAAUGUCUAUCUGUCUAUUUGCCUAUGUGGUAACUGCAUUUGUAUCUCUAAAAAAGAAACUACACUUUCCUCAAAUACAACAAUUCAAACUGCUCAAAGUAAUGAAAACUCUUAGACUGGCAAGAGACUCAAAUCGAACUUAUUUUUUUGCGAAUGCAUAUAUUUUGUACAACACUUUUGAACUCCACAACAACAAAAUAUUUACAAAUUAUAUAAAAAAAAACAAGUACAAAAAAUUAAAAAAAAAAGAUAUAUAUAAAGCAAAAGAAAACUGCCAAUUUUUGAGAUACUUUUGAUAGUCUUUGUUUUGCAUUUAAUCAUUUCCACUUGCAUUUUCUUAAAAAAAAGUAAAUCCACUUCUAUUGUAGAAUAUAGUAAACAGCAAUUUCAAUGUCUUCGCAUUUGUAAUUCCAAAUUGCAAGAAAAAUGAAAAACAAAAUAUAUUUUAAAUAUGUUUAACUAGUAGAAUUUUUUAGAUCUAAGCCCGCAAGAAAAAUCACACACUUAGCUUUAAUUGUUAAAACAAAAAAAAGAAAACUAAACAACAAAAAAAAAGGACAGGAUUAAAAGAAUUAUGAUUUAAUAUUGUAUAUAGUUUUUAUGCCAUUUUUGUGAUGUUUUGUGUCUACGGUUUAUGUCAUGUUAUUUUAGUUAAAUUUCUUAUGAUUUAUGUUUAAUUGUAAUUGUAUAAUUUUUGUCAUUGUUUGUUCAUCAUCAUCUUCAAAUUGGUCUCACAAUCUAGUAGUUAAGCCGCCCGCCCCAGGGAGUUGAGAGCGUAAUAGGUUGAAGGUCGCCAGGGUUGAUUCCGUUCUUAGACAGUCUUUUUUUGGAAUGCACACAAAUGAUCUCUCACAAUGGAAAUUAAUGGAAAUUGAUCUCCGCAAAUAGCCAAAGUAAAAAAAGAAAUGUAGCGGAAAGACCCUUAUUUUCGUGGCGAUUUUCAAUAUUUGCUUUCACAAAUUCCCGGGCGUUUCAAUGCUAAUCGAUUACCGUGACAUGAAAGCGAACAUAGCGAAAAAAAAAACAAUCAAAAAAAAAAUGAAAGAUAGAAAAAACAAUUCCCAAAAAUCGCAUUGAUCUCAUGGAUUUAUAUACAUUACAAAUAUUUCAACCGUUUUUUUACAAUGAGAAGAAAUGUUAUGAAAAGCAGAAAGUGAAAAGUGAAAACAGCGAAACAGUAAACAAAAAUUAAUGAAAAGUUAAUCUUAAGUUCGCCAAGCGUUUUAGUUUAAGCAAAAUAUUUUAGAUAAGAGUCGAUUUAGUUCGUUUUUUGAACUGUCUUUGGAUGACAGUCUCUCUUAUUUUUUUUUUGUAUAUAGAGCAAUAUUAUUUUGUAUAUGAUAUAAGUGAACAGUAUACCACCCAUCAAAUCCAAUCCAAUCCCAACCAGAUCCCACAGCCAGACCACAACACACAAUCAAAUAGAAUAUGUUUUCUCGUACAUACCUGCCUAUGUAUUAAUCAUAAUUUGUAUUACAAAACAGUACAAUAUUU